AAUGGAGGCGAGGAAGCCGAUCGGUGCGUGUGGCGCAUGGUGGUUGGAAUUUGAUUCCGAUCUGUCUCCGCGAGCCUUUCUCUCUUGAUUCUGAACCACGACGUCGAUCCAGGCUCACACCACAGAUAAAUACCGCGCGAGGGGCGAAACUAACCUUUCCUCUUCCCACCAUCAUCUCACCGCGGUGCACCUGGGUCCUGACCUGGCCCUGCGCCACAUACGCGACUUCUCUUCCCCACUCACAUACGGCCGUUCGUGCCACCACCGACUUUUGUCUUGGCUUCGCACGAGAUGACCUGGGAGCACGAGGCGGCUGCCCAUCAGCUCUCGUUUCUCCGCGCUACCUCGUGGGCUGAGCAACAUGGCAGAGACCACGAGCCGACGACCGCCAGCACCGACGACGAUGCUAGCACGGGCGACCCUAUGUCGUCCCCUAUCUCGCAGCCGCCGCGCCUCCCCUCUCACCACAGUGCUGCCUACGCCGACUACCCCCAGCACCCUGCCUCGCCGCCCCUGCCCUCGCCCUCCUCGCACCCGGGCAAGUCGUAUCUGCACUACUACUACGCGCAGACCGGCGCGCUCGCGACACCCGUGGAAGCCCAAUGGAACUUUACGACACAGCACGCGUCGGCACAAAGGGGCCCGGAUCAGCAGCAGGCGCCUUCGCUGAAUUAUGCGUACGCGCCGCCAGAAGCGACCAUGAUGGCUCCCGUGAUCCAGUGCGGCGGUGCUGGACGUGGGAUCAGCAGCCAGCCGGCAGCGGCCUCAAUCAGCAGCGGGCAUAAUCCGAUUCCUCAGUAAGUAAAGAAAGUUCUCAGCCAUCCGCACGUGCUCGCGCACGUCUUUUCGUCUUCUUCUUCCUUCGACUCAAGCGCUGAUCACGAUGAUGCCACGUAGCGGUGGCAAGUACGCGCGGGCAGACGCCGAUUAUUGGCAGCAGCAGGCGCAGGAGUACAGACAC